AUGGCUAUGUUGCUGGACGAGUUGUCCAUGGUGCCGCCCGACGUCUACCAUGCUGGCGCGUUUCGUUUUGCCAUGACUCGACAGGAACAUUGGAGGCUGGAGAUCGUUCGGUAUUUGGAGCAAUGGUUUGGUAAGGUUCCUAUUGGAGUCCAGCUGGCUGACUUUCUGCAAUUGCGACCAACUGCCUGUCUGUCCUUGUGUGAGUGGCAAGACGCUCAACGGGCCACCGACGCAGCGGUGGUGCCCGAGAGCGACAACGGCGUUGAAGAGGCGGCGGCAGAGCGCACCAGCAAUGCUUCCGAAUUAGGACGACUUGCGUUCAAGUCCUCGCUGCAGCGAGUCGUGCACUUCACUGGAUCGGGUCGGUUUUCCCAGUGCGCAUCUGGACAACAGCUGGUCAAGAUUCUUUUGUCGAUGCGGGAAGGCAGGCCUUUGGAGGAUGGAUUGUGGGAGGCCUUAGAGGCUCGUUCGAUCGGCGGAGAGCAACUGCUGGAGAACCAGAUGCUGCAGACGCGGUUGUUGAACUUUGGCGUGGGAACAAGACCGACUGAGUUGACGAAGGAGCAGAGUUUGACUGCGCUGCAAGUCGCUAACAUGAACAAGACCCAAUACCUGGUGGGCAUUUGCCCGCUGUUUGAGGGGAUGGCAGCGCGCAUCAGUUGCAUUUUGGACAUGCCGAUGCUCAGUCGAGAGUUGCCCGUUUUUGUUCGGUCCAUCAAAUUGCGCCCCAAAGAACCUGCAAUUCUGCCAGGCAGUGGGUGUGCAGUGUUGCGAUAUCAACCGUUGGCUGUUUUGGUUGAGGUGGAUGAUCCAGAGUAUCGUAGCAUUCAAUUGCCAGAUGGCAGUGCUCCACCGGGUCACGUGUGGCUGCGCGCCGUGACAUCGGAUCUGGGCUGGGAUCUGUCUGUUGGCGGGAAGCAAGCCGUGCAGGUGGUGCGCAAGCA